AUGGGCACGGUGCUGUCUCUAUCCCCCGCCUCUUCGGCCAAGGGCCGGAGGCCCGGCGGGCUGCCCGAAGAGAAGAAGAAAGCGCCGCCCGCGGGGGACGAGGCGCUGGGGGGCUACGGGGCGCCGCCAGCAGGCAAGGGCGGCAAAGGCGAGAGCCGGCUCAAGCGGCCGUCAGUGCUCAUCUCGGCGCUGACCUGGAAGCGCCUGGUGGCCGCAUCUGCCAAGAAGAAGAAAGGCAGCAAGAAGGUGACGCCCAAGCCGGCAUCCACUGGCCCUGACCCCCUGGUCCAGCAACGCAACCGCGAGAACCUUCUCCGCAAGGGUCGGGAUCCCCCCGACGGCGGCGGCGCCACCAAGCCACUGGCGGUGCCGGUGCCCACCGUGCCCGCGGCCGCUGCCACCUGCGAGCCGCCGUCGGGGGGCAGCGGGGCCGCCCCGCCGCCGGGUUCCGGUGGGGGCAAGCCUCCACCGCCGCCACCCCCAGCCCCGCAGGCGGCGCCGCCGGUGCCUGGCGGCUCGCCGCGGCGGGUCAUCGUGCAGGCGUCCACCGGCGAGCUGCUGCGCUGCCUGGGCGAUUUCGUGUGCCGACGCUGCUACCGCCUCAAGGAGCUGAGCCCGGGCGAGCUGGUGGGCUGGUUCCGCGGAGUGGACCGCUCGCUGCUGCUGCAGGGCUGGCAAGACCAGGCCUUCAUUACGCCCGCCAACCUGGUGUUCGUGUACCUGCUGUGCCGCGAGUCGUUGCGCGGGGAUGAGCUGGCGUCGGCCGCCGAGCUGCAGGCCGCCUUCCUCACCUGCCUCUACCUCGCCUACUCCUACAUGGGCAACGAGAUCUCAUACCCGCUCAAGCCCUUCCUCGUGGAGCCCGACAAGGAGCGCUUCUGGCAACGCUGCCUGCGCCUCAUCCAGCGGCUCAGCCCCCAGAUGCUGCGGCUCAACGCCGACCCCCACUUCUUCACGCAGGUCUUUCAAGACCUCAAGAACGAGGGCGAGGCCGCCGCCGGCGCCGGGGGUCCACCCAGCGGGGGCGCGCCCGCAGCCCCCUCCUCCUCCUCGGCCGCCAGGGACAGCUGCGCGACCGGAGCCAAGCACUGGACUAUGAACCUGGACCGCUAA